AUGAUCUUCUCUACGUCCAAAUCAUCAGCAGUGAUUCCACUACUGCUGCUUGCCUUAUCGGUAUCAUCCUCUUCACCCUUCUUCUUAUCCUUAGAACUGUCUUUCUUAGAAUCAUCUUUCUUUGAAUCAUCUUUCUUAGAUGAGUCACUCUUCUUUGGUUUUGAGUACAGUUUCACUGAUGAAAUAGUCACAAUCGCCUUGUCUCCCUUCAUUGCCAGCACAGUCUUGUCAAUUGAGCCAGUGAAGUCCUUCGUAUAUUUCAACUUGUCAAAUUCCAUCUUAUCAACAUCAGUGUGUUCUACUGAGCUAUCGUCUUUCGCCUUGACGGUAUCAAACAGCUGUGUGAGUAUCUGCCAGGUGAUCAUGAAUGGGCUUUGUUUCCAAAACAUUUAUAAUGUUUGA